UUUACACGGCUUACCCCGUUCUUGUUUUGACGCCUCAAAGUAAACGGUUAAACAGAUCUGUGGCCCUCAGUUUAUACCUGGUUAAUGUUGUACAGAACGAGUUUUCCAUCUGAGGGACCCAGCUGAGCAACUCAACAAUCAGUGAAGCUGCGAAGGUGUUUACAGUCCAUGAGUCGCAGCAGGAACCUCCCUCCCCGGGGUCAAGGGGCAGCUAGAGCCAAACAGAUGGGGCUUCUUCUAGACCUUACACCGGACGCAGGGAUGGACGGAGAAGGAAAUGACGAGGACUUGGAAGCAGAGCUCCUCAGUUUGGUUGGAGGAGGUGGAAAAGGAGGGAGACCACAAGGGAAGAAGGGGGAAGGAAGAUCUCCCGUUCCCAUGGCUGAAAUUGAGCGAAUGGCAGAUCUUUGUAUGAAAGAUCUGGACGAUGAGGACAUGGGAGACGAAGAUUUAGAUGACGAAGACCUGCUGGCAGAAUUAAAUGAAGUGUUGGAGGAUGACGAGGGGGAUACUCCUGCUCCAAAACUUCCCGCUGCGACUCCCACCAUUCCUAAGGUGAAUGUCACGUCUCCCACUGCACCCAGUGGAGCAUCAGGGUUGGAAUCCUGCCUGUUGGAGCGCAUUGAUAUGUAUCAGAAAGCUAUAUCCAAUGCCAAGGCUGCAGGCGAGACUAGCAAAGUUCGAAGAUAUGACCGAGGGUUAAAGACGUUACAAUCCAUGUUGACAUCUGUGAAAAAAGGGAAGCAAAUCAAUGAAGAGGAGAUUCCUCCUCCUGUUGCCAUUGGAGGAACCUCAAACACUCCAGCUGAGUCUGAACCCGUUAAGGAUCGAGAAACGUCUGGACGGAUUCCCUCCCCUCCUUCCAAUCAGAAACCAAUGAGGGAUCUGGCACCAGGAGCUCUGAACACCAAACCUAGACAUCUAACACCUCCCCAAAAACCAGCUGCUGCGGUCACCCCAGAAACGCCUGCGAUCUCCCCCCUCACCCCUAGCCAACCCGAUGCCCAGCACUCAGAGCUGAAGCAGGCAGUGCUGUCCAGGCAGAGGGAGUAUAAGAUGGCUGCCAUACAAGCCAAGCAGGGUGGUGACAUCGACCUGGCCAAACAGCAUUACCUCACUGCCAAGAAGCUCAACUCGCUGGUGGAGGCUGUGGACCGAGGGGAACCAGUGGAGCUGAGCGCAUUACCGCUCCCUCCUGUCCAGCAGCAGAGUGUGCCUGUUCCUCCUCAGUCUUCUCCCAAACCUGCUGCUCUUCCUGCAGCUACCCAGAUGGCCACCAACAACCUUCCUGCUCCUAGCAGUGUGGCAGAAGCCCUGAAGCAGAGGAUGGACAUUUACAAGCAGGCAGCAGAGGGAGCCAAGAGCAAAGGAGACGAUCGGAAGGCUCGCAUGCAUCAGCGUAUUAUAAAGCAAUACCAGGAUGCCAUCAGAGCUCACGAUGCAGGCCGACCUGUGAACCUGUCCGAUCUGCCGGUGCCUCCUGGCUGUCCACCUCUCCAGGGCUCAGAGGGGGGUCAGCAGAACCUGAUGGGUGUCCUGGAAACAGCGAUGAAAAUAGCAAAUCAGGAUGCCGACGCGGAGGAUGAUGACGACGAGGAAGGGCAAAAAGAGGUUGCCAAGCCUGCAGUGCGUCCACCUGUGCAGAAAGCAAAGUCUCCAGCUCCGCCGGUCCCUGCAGGAUCCUCAGCUCUGAAACUGGGAUCUAAAGCCCAGCAGCAGGUGGACUUCCUGUUGCUAAGGCGACAGGCCUUUUUGCGUGCAGCGCUUCGCUCCAAACAGAUGAAGGACAUGACGGGAGCAGCGCAGCACCUCAGACACGCCAAGGGACUGGAUCCCAUGGUUACGGCGGCAAAGUCUGGCCUACCUGUUGAUAUCACAAAGAUUCCAAAUGCUCCAGUAAGUGAGGAGGAUUAUUCCCUGGGUCGUUCCCGCACCUCUCCGGUCUCCCCUCGCUCCAGUGAGAAGUACCAAGCCCUGAUGGAUCUCCUGCGAAAGCAACACGAGAAAUGUUUGGGCCUAAAUCAGCAGUUCACUUUCAUGGGCAACGUAGCCGAGGCUUUAAAGUUUGAGAAGCUUGUUGAGGAGAGUAUGAAGAACAUAGAGAUGCUGAAGAACGCCCACGCCAAGGGCCUUCCAGUCCCCAAAUGCCACACACAGGAGAGAACCUUCAACUCUCCAAAGAUCUACUCCAACCUGUCUCCCAAUGACCUGGUACUGUACAUCACACGAGGCGUCAACCUGCCACCUCCGUCAGGUGUUUCUCCUAAUGAUCUGGAUGCCAGCGUAAAAUUUGAGUUUCCUUUUCCCAGCUCGGAGGAACCCCAGAGGGACAAAACCGGCACCGUGAAGGGUACCAGCAGUCCAGAGUUUAAAGAGCAGUUCAGACUUAACAUUAGCCGAACCCACAGAGGAUUCAAACGAGUCAUUCAGUCCAAAGGCAUCAAGUUUGAAGUUGUCCACAAGGGAGGUCUGUUUAAGACCGAUAAAGUAGUGGGCACUGCUCAGCUGAAACUAGAGGCUCUAGAAAACCACUGUGACAUCAGAGAGAUCAUUGAAGUUAUGGAUGGUCGUAAAGCUACAGGUGGAAAGUUGGAGGUGAUGGUAAAGAUCAGAGAGCCUCUCUCAGGAGUGGACCUGCAGCCGACGACGGAGAAGUGGUAUGUUCUGGAGCCGGUGUCAUCGCUUUCUCCUCCAGAGAAACAGAAGGAGCGAGCUCCAUCCCCUCGGUCUAAACCCAAACAUGAGUCAAGCAGCAGAAGCAGUCAUCCCGACAACUCUCCUCCACAGUACAAUCUCCACAGCUUCAGCCUCCUCAACUACGACAAGGAGCGGCUGGAGAGGAAGUUUGCAGAUUACCGGAAAAACCAUCGCGAACCCCCGUCUGACCUCAUUCAUCAACACAGAGAGGUCAUACACAGGCUCCAGUGGCAGAAAGCUCAGCUAGAACGAGGCUCUCCUGCUCUGCUAACAGAGUAUGAACAUGUGCUGCGGCGUUUUGUCCAAGGACUCUCUGAGUCUGUGAAGAAAUACUCCAGCCAAGGCAACAGGGAAGCUGCAAAGGAUGCACUGGGCAGGCUGAAGAUGGUAGAGAAUGAGCUGGAAUCUCUAAAAAGAAAGCGCACAGGAUGAAAGAACAGUGAGGUAGAGACUUGGCUGGAGUACUGUUAUCUCUCUCAUUCAUACUUGUAAACAGAUGCAACAAAAUGCACCUAAAGCGUGAUGAUGCUUGUGUCCAAGACAACGGCAUGAACCAACCUGCUUCCUCUGUUUUUCUAUAUAAGCUGUACCACAUGUGGGCAGUAACUACAUCUACCAAGGGACUCAUAGGUUAAAGGAGGCAUUUAAAGGCAUAAAGGGGUGGAGGAGGUCCUGGAUUUCUUUGCACUUAUUAAAAGAAACACUACAGAAAUUUGCUUUUACAACAAUCCUUUGUAUGAUUUGGGAGAAUAUCCAUGGAAGGAUUUUAUGUUUUGCAUAUGACACCAGCUUUGUUGGUGUUUACAAAUGACCAAAAAAAAAAUUUAUAUAUAUAUGUGUGUGAGAUUACAUGAUCUGAGGUGUAUUGAACCAGUGGAUUGAAGUGUGUCCUUUGUCGCCACAUUUUACCUGCGUAAUGAGCUUAAUCUAAUCUGUCUCCCCGAGUGUUCCCAGAUUACAGUAAUCUGCUCUGUUUGGAGUGUUCAGAUAUGGGGAGGAAAGAAAACUUAACAAAAAAACAGGGCUUCAAGGUGCCUGCGCCUACAUCCCAUAAUGAGGGAUUCGUUUUAUCUCACCAAGGAGAUGACUAGAACAAGAUGUUAAGGCCGUUUUUAGGGGAAGAGGAGAGGUGUUUUGAUUCCUCCUCCAUCGGUUGUUUUCCAUUCCAGCUCUUCUCCACAUUCGGUUCCAAUCUGAACUUUACAGUUAAACCCCCCCACCCCAUCAGAUUUAAAGACAUUUCAGUCUGAUGGGAAUUGACAUGACAUGUCUCAAAAUAUAAUAAAACUAUGGAAAAGGAUUAUCAAUUUUCAUUAACAUAAUUUUGGUUUUAAUUUAACAAAUUUUCUAAAAACAUUUAAAUUUGAUUAAAAAUGGAGUGUCAAAAACUAAUAAUACCCUUCUCAAUAAUCAGUGGAGAAAUCUGUUUUGGCAUUACCCCAAAGCCUGCCUGCCUGUAAUUCCAUGUUUCCACUAAUUAUUUUUAUGAUGAACUCCAAGACUUUGAGGUUAGAAGGCCUGCUUGCCUAAUCUCAAGCUCCCCCCGCAGAGUUUCUAUCAGAUUUAUGUCUGUACUUUGACUGGACCGCUCCAAAAUGUUAAUAUUUACCACCAACAUGUUGGUAAAAUUAAGAGCUUACUUUAAAUCAUCUCUGUCAGGAGUAUGAAUAAUUUUGAGCCUAACCGUACAUGGAUUCCUCCUCAGCAUAAACGUCAUUAACUUUGCUCCUUGUAUUGAUUUAUUUUGAUUUAUUGUUUCUGUCUGGGUACACAAGUUUGAAUUUGUUGUGAUUUUCCUGGAACGUACAUGCAGGCUCAAAUAUAUUCAUACACCCUCGCCAGAGUUUGGUUAAAUGCCCUUUGGCAUGUUGCAGAGAACCUAUAUUAUUUUUGUAGCCACUUACAGCUUCUGGUUGGAUAUUUGACCACAGUUAUCAGAAUUGGUUGAGCGAAGUUAAAGUGGGUGGUUUCCUGGCCCAGACUUGUCUUUAAGGCAUACCCCGCAAAUGUUCAAUAGGACCGAGGUUUGGGCCCUUCCAGAACUUGAUAUAAUGCUGCUUUAUCCAGUCCAAAGAAUCAUGGAGUAGUUCCAACCAUUAGUUGGGUUGUUUGUAUAUAUUUUAACUUGUAUGUAUAAUGUUGAUCCUGUCUGGAUUAGCGAACAUUUAAAAUUAAAUCUGUGCCCACAGGUCUUGUUUUAAAAUUUUAA